CAGGAAAGGGGAUCUGCUUGUUCGAGUCUCGUUAGUCAGUCAUUGGAAACAAGAGAUGUGCCGGUGGUGAGCCGAAAUAAUUAGCCAGUUAUUUGCUUUUGUCUGAGGAGAAAUUCCAAGCCUGCGUGUGACACCAGGAUGGCCAACAGUGAACGCGUGGCCUUGCGUAGCCGCAGGGUGAUACCCAGGAUGCCCGGGAUUCUGGAUGAAGACGACAGCAAUGCCAGCAGCAAUGGCGAUCCAAGGAUAACCAGCAACGGAACAUUGGAGGUGGAGCACGUCAUCAACAAGAAACUGCAGCUGAAGAUGAAGGCGGAGCACCUGAAGGCACACUUGAUGAAGCAGCUGGACUCUCAGGUGAACGAGUUCAUGGACAGCCUGAUAGAGGAAUCCACCUGUCUGGACACACCCUCUGUCUCCUCCUUCUCCCCACCCCUGUGCGAUAAGGAGAGGAGCAAACUCAGGCAGCUGCGGACCCCUCAAGAUCAAGGCAAGCAGUUUGUGAUCCGCCGGUCUCUGUUAGAUGAGCUGUUUGAGGUGAACCACAUCCGCACAAUCUACCACAUGUUCAUCGCACUGCUCAUCCUCUUCAUCCUCAGCACCCUGGUGGUGGACUUCAUUGAUGAGGGCAGACUGGUGCUGGACUUUGACCUGCUGGUGUACGCGUUUGGACAGCUCCCCCUGGUGGUGUCCACCUGGCUGUGCAUGUUUCUGUCGGUGCUGGUGGUGCCAUACGGCCUGUUCCACCUGUGGGCCGGUCACUACCAGACGUCACGGCACCCCGUCCUGCUCUCCGGGCUGGCCGGGGCGGCCUUCCUGCUGUACCAGGGGCUGGGCUUGGGCUUCCUGCCCUCCUACGUGGUGAUGAAGAACGGCUUUCCCCCCGCCUCUCGCUUCAUCGUCAUCCUCGAGCAGGUUCGUUUGAUAAUGAAGGCGCAUUCCUUUGUCCGAGAGAAUGUUCCAAGAGUUCUGGCGUCCGCGCAAGAAAAGAACACUCCUGUGGUCAUCCCCCAGGUGACUCAGUACCUGUACUUCCUCUUCGCCCCGACACUCAUCUACAGAGACAGUUACCCCAGGAACCCAGUCAUCAGAUGGGGCUAUGUGGCCACUAAAUUUCUCCAGGUGCUGGGCUGCCUGUUCUACGCGUACUACGUGUUUGUACGCCUCUGCAUCCCGCAGUUCCGCAGCAUCAACCUGCAGCUCUUUGACCUGCGCGUGAUUGUGCUCUGUGUGUUCAACUCCAUCCUGCCAGGAGUGCUGGUUCUCUUCCUGGCUUUCUUUGCCUUCCUGCACUGCUGGCUCAAUGCCUUCGCAGAGAUGCUGCGAUUUGCCGACAGGAUGUUUUACAAGGAUUGGUGGAACUCAACAUCUUAUGCCAAUUACUACAGGACCUGGAAUGUGGUGGUACAUGAUUGGCUAUAUAAUUACAUAUACCGGGACUUCCUCUGGAUGUCAGGGAACCGCUUCCGGAUGACGGCCAUGUUGUUGGUGUUCACCGUGUCUGCGGUGGCGCACGAGUACGUCCUGGCUAUCUGCUUUGGCUUCUUCUACCCCGUCCUCUUCUGCCUCUUCAUGUGCUUUGGGAUGCUGUUUAAUUUCAUCCUCCAUGAUCGGAGGAAGGGUCCGAUCUGGAACGUGAUCAUGUGGACCUCGCUCUUCCUGGGCCAGGGGGUCCUGAUCUGUCUCUAUUCCCGGGAGUGGUAUGCUCAGCGCUACUGCCCCCUGCAGGAGCCUUCCUUCCUGCAUCUGCUGAAGCCCCGCUCCUGGAGCUGCCACCAGCAGAUAGCCCCUGCUGAAGACUCCCCUUGAAAGCAGGGACUGGGGUCAGCACUGUUCUCUCACCAGCCAAAUGAAUGGGGAGGGAGAGGAGAGGAGGGCUUCCUUUUCCUCCCGUUUCAUAUGACUUUUGUCAUUUUCCAUUGUGAGCUCUUUUUUUUCAUUGCACUAUGGCCAGUUGGCAUAUUUGCAUUGUGGGGUAUUGGGAGGUUGCAUAAUGAGCCAAAUAGUUUUGCAGUAUAUAGGUGACUUUUUGGAAGGAUAUUAAAUUUACGUGACCAAAAGUUUAACAUUUUCUGUUAUUUUAGUUUUCGCUAUAGACACUAAGUUGUACUAAGUUUGACUAUUUCCAAUGGGUACAAAAUGGUAUCUUUCUUUUACAGUAUUUUAUUUUUUAGUUGUUGUUUUAAUUUGUCUUCUUAAUUCUGCAUCAAACCCCCUCAAAUACAUUUGCUUCUGUGAAAAGGCAGCAUUUCCAGUUCUUGAGCUCAGUGUUCAGGGCCCAAGCAUUUUAAAAUCAAUUAAUUCAAUGUAGAGCAGUUUCCUGAGUGAGAGGUGAACUUUGAAAUAAAUUGAACCAAUCCAAAUUUACAUGGACCGAAUUAACUCUUGCAUUACUCCUGAAAACUUGCUUUGUUUGUUAGCCAUACUGGUGUGAAGAAGCUGGCUAAACUAGUCAUAACAAACAGAGCUGUUGAACCCAUGGCCUGUCAAUCCCACACUGAACUCAGAAAGCACCCACAACUCACUCAUCUACUUUGUUGAAACAUAUUGAUUUUGUUUCACUCUAACCUAAAUCCUGUCUAUGAGCUAGCCUCAGUCACAAACCAACCAUAUCUUUUUUUUCUUUAUUCUUAAACUUAAGUGCAACUUGUUUUGCAAAUGUCAAAUGUGUGGCUUUGAACCAGCCUAUUUCUCCCUUUCCCUGAAAAAAUUAACAUUUGCAGGAGUAGAUGUCAGAAUGAUUUGUAUGUAAAGAUUUCCCUGAGAUGUAACCAGACGUACUAAUUCCAGGGAAUGACAGAGAUGUUUCAGCAGCAUUUGUGUAUAUAGGUAUUGAAUGUGGUGCAGGCACUGAAAUGAAGUGCCCUUGGAUUGCAGCAGCGUGAUAGAUGGGAAUCUGGUGUUUGGAAUCCUUCCAAAGCAAUACUAAAAGUUGUUAUAUAAAAAUCUGUUAUUCCACUCAAUGUAUCUGAAUGCUCUGGGAAAUCUGAAAUAAUAUUGCAGCUGGCUGCAGUGAUGUUACCAAUAUAAUUGUGUUGUGGCUGAUCAAGUCAUUGUACUCAUGUUUGUGGAUUAGUGCCAAAUGUAUGUUUUUGAUAAGAUCGCAUUGUCAGGCACUCUGAGUUUAAUUGCUUAUGUGACCGUGUCCUCAGCAGCUUGUCUUUGAGUUAUUUUGUUAAUAUUAAUGAAAUCACAUCUGAAUUGCACUACUUGACCUUUGCUUUCAUGGUAUACAGACUUAAACUGGAAAAAUGUCAGCAUCAGGGGACAUAAUUUUCCUUACCAAAGGAAACAUGGUUCCUUACCAAAUGUAUAUGAAUAUUUGGUAUUUAUUUGGAAGUGUUUAUUGUUUAAUUUGAGAAACAAUUGGUAACCAAUUGUCUUUUGGUUUUCCUUGGAUUCCUUGUGUUCGAUUUUGAUGCCUUGCACCACUUAAUGAGGUGAUGACAAAGUAACCACUAGAGGGCGCAGUGUAUCAGUACAUUUGUCUUUAUUUUGCUGUACUACAGAAAUUGUGCUGAGGAGCUAUAUUUAGUGAGACACCACCCAUGAACCCAUCCUUAUUCUUACAAUAAUAAGCACAAGAGGUCCAGCAAUUUAUGUGAAGAUGUUUUUUGCGAUGUACUUGAAUGGAAAAUGUAUGGUCAAACACUGCUGGAUGUCCUAGUUGGAAAUGGUCUGAAGAUGUAUUACAGUGGUAAAAUUUGAUAUUUUUCUACAAUAAAAGGCUAUUACAUCAUUUUUUAAACUUCUCAUGAUUGUAAUAGAGAACAUAUAGGUCACUGAAGAAAAAUUGAGCUCUUUGAUGAUGUCAUAUGAAAUAUAUAGAUAAUAUAUGCCAUAGAUAAAUAAUGUUUCUAUACCCAGCAACAAAUGGGCAAAAAAACCUUACUUCACUGUUCCAUGGGCUUGUGAUUAUUACACAAUAGUAUACAAAGUAUAUUAUUGCAUUAAUGUAAAAUAAAUGUAAAACAUCCUGCUUAUGUUUUCAUUUUUCCUUGAUAUGAAUUUGUUGAGUAAGGAUUUUUUUGCAUUCAUUUGAGAUUUGUCAUAUUAAGGUGCUAACCAGGAUAUUGAAUUAUCUUAAUGUUUCUGUAAUAUGCAUGUUUAAAAUAAUAUUUUUAAACUGCCUGAACUAGAGUUGAUUUUGUUAAUGAUUAUAGUUAAGUUAUUGUAUACAAGGUUAGAAUUAUGGACAUACUGUCAAUUUCAGUUAUCAAGUGCAGUGUUCUGGAGCUUUAUGAUUUGAAAAUGUGAUUUUGUAACAUUGCACUUUAAAAUUGGGAAAGAAAAUAACAUACUACAUUGUUUUACUACGUCAAAAAUAUAUCUGUAUGCAUAAAUCGUGUUAUAAAUGAAAAUUGUAAUGAGAAGGCUCAUUGGCACAAGACAUUGAUUGUCCUUUAAAUAAAAAAGAAUGCCCUAAAUAAA